AAAAAAAAAAAAAAUCCGAUCGCACGAGUUGCGCGUGCAGAGCUUCAUUCCACCGCAUUUUUCGCAGUCGGGAGACAUGGCACGCGCUUCGCUGUCGCCACGCGGAUCUCGCUCGCUCGGCCCAGACGUCUCUUCUCUGGACAUCUCCUCGCGGUGAGCGCGUCUCUGUGCUUCGUCCUCGGGACUCGGCGGCGUUGCGCGCGAACAUGCCGCAGAAGUUACGCGUCUCCGAUUUCGUGAGCUUGGCGAACGAGGACAUAAAGUCGCCCGCGACGUCUCGCUUCCAGGCGAAAAUGAGCGACUGCAGGAGCGCGCUGGCGGCGUUUGAGGAGUCUUUUGAACAGGACCAGAGUUCCUUGCAGAGGAUGAGGAAGGUAGUGAAAAGUAUCUACAGCUCCGGACUCAGUCACGUGGAAAGUAAGGAGCACUACAUUGACAUCCUGGAGAAGCUGGGCAACAGCCACCUGUCCCAAGACGAUGACGAGGUUUCUACGGGUUUCCUGAACCUGGCUGUGUUCACGCGAGAGGUCACGGCACUCUUCAAAACCCUGGUGCAGAAUCUGAACAGCAUUUUGUCUUUCCCUCUGGAGAAUCUGCUGAAGAGUGAACUCAAAGACACCAGACUGGACUUGAGGAAGCAGAUUGAAAAAGGUUGGAAAGAGUAUGAUGCUAAAAUGGGGAGGUUGGAGAGGGAACGGCAGAAGCAGUGUGGUAUGAUCCGAAUGGAGAGCUCUGACACAGCAGAGGACAUGGAGAGAGAGAGGAGGACCUUCCAGCUGCAGAUGUGUGAGUAUCUGCUGAAGGUUCAGGAGAUGAAGAUGCGACAGGGUCCAGAUUUGCUCCAGAGCCUCAUUAAGUAUUUCCAGGCCCAGCUCAAUUUUUUCCAGGAUGGACUAAAAGCAGCUGAACACCUCAGUCCAUUUGUGGAGAAGCUCGCGACCUCCAUCCAUACGGUCCGUCAGGAGCAGGACGAGGACGUGAAGCAGCUCUCUCAGCUGCGGGACACACUCAGGACCCAGCUACACCUGGACAGCAAAGAGGACUACUUGAACAGAAAGAACUCUGGCCAUGGCUACAGCAUUCACCAGCCGCAAGGCAACAAGAAAGACGGUACGGAGAAGUCCGGCUUCCUGCUGAAGAAGAGUGACGGGAUCAGGAAAGUGUGGCAGAAGAGAAAAUGUGGCGUUAAAUAUGGCUGCCUGACUAUCUCUCAUAGCACAAUCAACAGACCACCAGCCAAGCUCAAUCUCCUCACCUGUCAGGUGCGGCCCAGCCCUGAAGAGAAGAGGUGCUUCGACCUUGUGACCCAUAAUCGAACGUAUCAUUUCCAGGCAGAGGAUGAGCAGGAGUGUUUGAUCUGGGUGUCCGUGCUCCAGAACAGUAAGGAGGCGGCACUCAACACAGCUCUGGGAGGAGACCAGCUCCAGUGUCCCGGCAGUGGCCUGCAAGAUUUGGCUCGGUCCAUCGUCUCGGGCCUGAGGAAUCUCCCGGGCAACGACGCCUGCUGCGACUGCGGUGCGCCAGACCCUACCUGGCUCUCUUCUAACCUGGGCAUCCUUACCUGCAUCGAAUGUUCCGGAAUCCACCGGGAGCUUGGAGUUCACUACUCACGCAUACAGUCCCUCACACUUGACAUGCUCAGCACAUCCGAGCUGCUGCUAGCUGUGAGCUUUGGUAACAGCAGGUUCAAUGAUGUCAUGGAGGCCAACCUUCGCGAUGAGUCUUUGAAGCCGUUACCCCAGAGUGACAUGAACGCACGGAAGGAGUUCAUCACGGCGAAGUACGUGGAGAGACGUUACGUGUUUCCUAAAGAGAUCACGGAGUCCCUGAGAGUUUACGAGGCUGUGAAGACAAGAGACCUACUGGCACUGCUACAGCUGUAUGCAGAGGGAGAGGACCUCAGCAAACCUAUAGCUACGCCUGAGCACCAGGAUCUUAGAGAGACUGCUCUUCACCUGGCCGUGCGUCUGUCUGAGAAAAGCUCUCUGGCUCUGGUUGACUUUCUCACUCAGAACUGUUCCUGUCUAGACAAGAAGACAAAGGAAGGAAACACAGCUCUUCACUACAGUGUCCUAUACAAUAAAGCAGAGUGUGUGAAACUGUUACUGAAGGGGAAGGCUAACUUACACACAGCAAAUCUGGCUGGUGAGACUGCGCUGGACAUUGCCAGGAGACUGCAGCACACCCAGUGUAUAGAACUGUUGGAGUUGGCUCACAGUGGGAAGUUUAAUUCUCAGAUCCAUGUUGAGUACAUGUGGGAGAUGCCGCAGGAGUUCAUGUACGACAGCGAGGAUGACCUCGAUGACAGGGUCGCCCCAGCCAGGAACCGUUCUUUGCUCCCCUCUAAUGGUUGCAGUGGGAACUCCUCGUGGAUUUGUAGCACCAGCACAGCUAACAGAGCCUACCAGAACGUGGACUUCCUCUGCUGCAAUCCGCCAGCCAACAGCGCCCCCUCUGGUGGGUCCAUGCCCCCUCCUCUACCCGCCAAGUCCAUUCAGAGAGGACGCUCGGACCCCCAGCUGUGUGUUUCCACGCAGGACUCCCACAUCUCGUCCAGACACAGUUCCAGCUCCUCGGGGGGCGGGUCGUUUAAGAACAGCCCCCCCCCGCCCCUGCGGGAGGCGGCAGAACGGUCGCCGCGCUCCCCGCUGGGCGCUGUGCUGAAGAGACAGACCGUGUCCUGGGACGGACCGUCGUCCUUUUCCACGCAGAGCGCCAAAGGCCCCGUGCCUUCGGAGAAGACGACGUCGUACAGGAGAGCGAGCGGUAGCGGAGGUCAGGGGAAGUGUAGCGCGGGGUCUCCCGGCUCAGGGAGCAGCACCGAGGAACUGUACUGCAGCCUGAGCAGCGCUAACGCUAGCGCGCCUGUUCCUCUCAUACUGCCGCCGCCCCGCUCACGCAAGAACGCCAUGUGUGUGUCUCAGAACGCACUGAGGCCUCGGCAACGGAAGGUUCGGGCCCUGGUGGAUUGCAUGGGCGUGAGCUCAGACCAGCUGGCCUUCUGUAAGGAUGACAUCAUUGUUGUGACCACUGCUGAAGACCCCCACUGGUGGGUUGGGUAUGUAGAGGGAAAACCAUCCAGGAGUGGGUCCUUCCCAGUCAACUAUGUCCAGAAGUUAUGUCCAGGAGAAUGACUCACCUAAAAGCCCCACCUCUUUUAUCCAAACCAGCUGCUCAUCCCUGUCACCAGGGGUCACGCCACUCAUGCACUACGGGCUAUAGGCCCUGCAGAAGGUCUGGGACUACUCACUGGUCAUACUGGGACCAGUGCACAAGGCGCCUCUGUCUCACGACUGGGUGGGGAUGAUGUCUCUGUCCUGAGCCACUGCCUGGGAGUUAGGACGAACGUUGAGUCCAACAUGAAUAUAAACCCAAACAGGUAAUGGACACCGUGGGCCCUGAAAGGGCGAGACGGUAACGUGAGCUCUAAAGGACAAAUGAGUGGGCGUAGCCGUCCAGCUGGACAGACACCGGAUGCUUCCCUGCUGGCUGCAGGUCGAUUGCUAAAUGGACAUUGGCUCGCAAGUCACUGUGGGUGCAGUCCAGGCGUCGGCCACAAUGAAACACUACACCUGAGAACUCCAGCCAGAACCCAGCUCGACCACUCCGACUGUGUGUGUGUGUGUGUGUGUGUGUGUGUGUGUGUGUGUGUGUGUGUGUGUGUGUGUGUGUGUGUGUGUGUGUAAGGGAGACAGGAGAAACUGAAGAACUUCUGUUUGCCUAACGAGGGCUCGGGAAUUAUUUCAAAUUUUACGUCUCAAAUCUCUAAACCCCAGUCACAUCACAUAAUUCAUGAGCUGCCAAAGCACAUCUGAAACAUUUAUGAACUGUAUUGUUUAUUUUUGCUUUGUUUUUUUUUGAAGCAACCAAAGGGAACAGGAACCAUCUUUGGUCAGGUGAUCAUCUUAUUUGGCUGUUAUGCUUGUUAGUUCAAGGUCCGCAAAUGCGAGAGCACGUGAUGUUUUGAUUUGGGAUAAAUAGACCUGAUGCAUUAACUAGUAGAGAAGGACCAUUGUACUCCAUCAGACGUGACUGAGGCUCAGAAUGGGCCUGUCUUGAUUCCCACAGAAGCAGGAUCUGUUUAAAGUACAGUACGAACCCUGAGAGAGUGAACUGGUGCAACUUUAAGAGGGUGUGUGUGUGUGUGUACACGGGGACUUGAACCCUUGUUUCAAAACUUUAUUGUACAGAACAUAUGCAGAUAUUAGAUAUAUUUGAGGUUGUAUGAACACAAGUGCAGUUUCAGAUGUAUGCAUGUGUGCUAUCUGGAACCUGUUUCAGAUGCGUGUGCGUGUUGUCUGGAGCCUGUUUCAGAAGUGUGUGCGUGUGGGUGUUGUCUGGAGCCCCUCCCCCCCGGCUUUGUUAGUAGGAUGUGUUCAAGCUCCUCUGGCACCAAUAUGCAUUAUUGAUGAGUGGAGAGUUCAGAUGUCUGCACCUGCCCUCUUAAUGACUUCUGUGAAGCAACUUGGAGCAUACAAUUGAGUACGGUGGCCCCCAAGGUCCAAAACAAUCGGCUGAUAUUUUCAAAGCUUGUGUAUGAAAUGCUGCUUGUAGUUCUGUAAACCUAUGUAGCAGUAAUGUAGAAAUCAGUUGUGAUUUUGAUCAUUUUGUAUCUUAUUGAUGCUGUCCUUCUCUCAAAGUAUAUUCAGCCUUAGAAAGUAAAAUGAUUUAAGCUACAUGAGCGUAAGUACAUAUUACUGUUUUCUGUGAAUAAAAAGACUGUUUUGAUGGUUUAAACUAA